AGGUAUCAGCCUGCACCCAGCAGCAUCACCAGCACCAGCAAGUGCACCAGCAGCAGCGUCACCAGCAACCCCCGCGGGUCAACAACCACGAGACCACGCACCUGCCGCCCCGCCCGCGGCGAUGGCUCCGAUGCCUAGCGCCCCGCCGGUGCCGGAGGCCCAGCGCCCAGACCUACUCUCAACAGCUACCUUCCAAGCGCCGCAACCGCCGCAACUGCCGCCGCCGCCGCAACCGCCGCCGCCGCAACCGCCGCCGCCGCCGCGGCUCCUCGGCUUCAGCGAUCACUUGUACGAUUCGCUGCUCCGGCCGGCAGUGGAGGCGGCUGAGGCGCAGUGGGUGGCGGGCGGCGACCGGAGCCUGUUCAGGCGGCACCGGGGCCUGCAGCUGGAGGCGAGGCGGCAGCAGCGUCACCAGCAGCUGCGGGCCAGGCAGCAGGCGCAACAGGGGCAACAGGCGCAGGGGCUGGGGCAGGAACAUGGGCUGCAACAGCAACCGACAAGGCAGGCAGGGCAGCCAGGGCAGCCAGGGCAGGAGGGCGGGACGCGAACAGCAGGGGCCAGCUGGCACCAGCACCCGCACCAGUACCCGCACCCGCACCUGCACUCGGAUCAGCAGCGACACCAGGUCAGUGGUGGCGGGUUGUUACCGCCGUACCCGCCGCCGCCCCAGCCCCCGCCACCGCCACUCCUGCGGGACUGGCAGCAGCAGCAGCAGCACCACCACCACCACCACGUGCCCACGGAAAUCCCCACGGCCACGGCGCGGCCCCCAACCCUUCCCGUAAGUGGCUUCCACGCCUUCGGCGCCGCACCGGCAGCACCACCUCACACACUAGCCGGCGGCGGCUUGCCGGCAAGAGCAGCAGCAGCUGGGCCGCACCUGCCGCAGGUCUUAGCUCCAUGGCAUCCUACCGCUUCCACGGCCACCACAGACGAUUCCUCCCCCAGCCACCAGCAUGAUGACCAUAAUUACACUCCACAGCUUCACCCGCAUAAACACCAACACCAGCGCCACCAGCACCAGCACAGUCAACAACAACAGCCAGAAGGGGGCGAGAUGCUGGAGAAGCUGCGGCUGGUGCUGUCGUACGAGUACGACAUGCCGCUCGAGGAUGUACGGCCGGAUCUGGAUCUGGGGCAGCUGCGGCGGCCGGCGGCGGCGGCAGGUGUCGCUGGUGCUGUUGUUGUGGGGGACGGCGCUCACGAUGAUGAUGACCAGUCCGGGCAACAGGCGGUGGUGGACUGUGUGGAGCGCUCCUUCGAGAUGUUCCUGCAGCUGGGCGGCGGCUGAGCCGCCCUGACUGUGGCACAGCUGGCGGCGGCGGUGCGGGGAGUCGGCGGGGACGCCUGGAGCAGGAGUGGGGCUAGCGGUGGGUCAGAUAGGGGGAGUGGGCUUCGGGAGUGGGCCUAGCGGGUGAGGCGAGGGAUGUGAGGGUGCCGGGCUGCGGGGGCGGAGUGGAGCUCUGGGGUGGAGGUGGGGGAGUUGAGGUGCGUGGGGGUGCUGCGGUACCCAUUGGUGGGUGGGUGAUACUUUCAUACGCAUCAUGGGGACUGCGGUAUUGAAGGCUACGAUUCAUGCAUACUAGGGGGUGGGUGUUUCUCUCUGGGCCGGAGAUGGUCCCUCGCGGCGUGGGUGCGGUGUGCCCCCGCUUGUCGGGUUGUCCCUUCAAUUGUAAUUCGCAUCCAUACUAAUGUCUGCGUGGUCCGGGCGCUGGACUCAAGGCUGGACUGUUGGGAGAUACGGUUUUUGUACACUCAUACUGAAGCUUGCACUGUUGUAGGAAUCGUGAUACGCGACGCGCAACUCUGUAUGCCGUUGUUGGGCUGUGCGUAUGCGCGUCAGGAAGAGGACAGGCUGCGUAGUCCCCGGAAGAGAACAUGGGAGAUUGCGUGAGACUGGUCAACUGCUCGGAGGUUCUGGAACACGCCUAUGAUAGUGUGCGGGUUGGAUGGAACUGAGCACGCGGCUGUGUUGAUUGACGAGGGGCUCAGCAGCCAAGGGUAUGCAGGGCUGAGGCUUGACCGGGAGUCAUGUGCACAACGUCGG